AUGCGUUCAGGUUUUAGUGUUGAAGAGGAUGAGCCUAUUUUAGAUCUUCUCAAAAAGGAGCAACCGAAGAGUAAAUGGGAUGAUGAAGAUCUGGAUGAUAAUGAUGUAAAAGAAUCUUGGGAAGAUGAAGACGAGCCUGCUCCGGCACCUAAAGUUGAGCCACCACCUGUAAAGGCCCCAAAGAAGGUUGCAGCCACAUCUGGUGAAAAGAAAGGGAAACCUGUUGAAGCUGAAAAGGAGGCACCAUUAGAUCCUAUUGAGGAAAAACUCCGACAGCAGAGGCUUGUCGAAGAAGCUGAUUAUCGGGCUACUACGGAAUUGUUUGCUAAGAAGGGUGAUGAGAAGACUCUUGAUAAUUUCAUUCCUAAAACCGAAAACGACUUCUUAGAAUAUGCUGAACUUGUUGCUCAUAAGCUUCGUCCAUACGAGAAAAGCUUUCAUUAUAUUGGAUUGCUUAAGGCUGUAAUGAGAUUGUCAAUGACUAGUUUGAAAGGGUCAGAUGCCAAAGAAGUUGCCUCUUCGGUGAGUGCAAUUGCCAAUGAAAAGAUAAAAGCAGAGAAAGAAGCCAAUGCCGGCAAAAAGAAGACUGGUGGAAAGAAGAAACAACUGCAGGUUGGCAAGCCUGAAGAUGACGUGGCUGUUGGUGGUGGUGGAUAUGAUGACUAUGACGACUAUGAUUUUAUGUAA